AUGAAUGGUGCUCCCCAGACACAGCAACAACCCUCAAAUACUCAGCAGAAGCAGGCAAAACCACCUCCACCAGGCCCGGCACCACCAGCACCUGCCACAGCUCCCCCCGUUCCUCCAACCAAUGCCAGCGCGAAUCCUCCUCAGCAAAUGAACAACGGGCGUCAGAAUGGUCCUGCACAUCACCAUCAUCACCACAACCACCAGCACACUACCAAUGGCCAGAACACGGCGGGAUCGGCCAAGGGAAAGAAGCGCAAUGACGCUCCCAUUGACCCGGCCGCGAUGUAUGAGAGCCUGAAGAACAGGAUAGCCGCGUUGGAGGAGGAAGAGGAGCUGGAAGAGGAGGAAGAGCGCAGAAUUGCUGAGGAGGCACAACGGUCUGUCAGAGGCAUGGAGGAAAAUGCUAUUCAUGCGAAAUAUGUCGAGUUGUUUGCCGAACUUAAACGCCUAGAGCGGGAGCAUGCUAAGGAGAAGCAAAAACUCGUCAAGGACAAGGAUGCUGCAAAGAGCCAAUUAACUAAGGCCAACCAGACCAAGACCAAGAUGGAGAACCUCGCUCGAGAGUUACAAAAGGAUAAUAAACGCUUGAGAGAAGACGGAAAACGACUGGCUCAGUGCGUGGAGGAUGCACAGGAAGAGCUCAUGCAAAUGAAAAACGACCUCGCCAAACGAGCCGACAGAGCCCGUAUGCUAGACCAGAAGUACCGCGAAUCUCCAGACAUCGUCGUCAAAGUCGUCUGUCGUUACCGCGCCGAACUCUUUUUCAAGAUCUCUCGCAAAACCAAGCUCUCGAGGCUAGUCACAGCUUGGACGCUGAGAAUGGAAAUUAACGGCGGCCGUAAAAUCGACCCUAACCUUCCCAUUGAAGGAAUACUGCCGUCUGGAAAGCUAGAUCCUAAUAACCCACCCAAGACCGAGAUGAUGUUUCUGUUCUCCCAUCGUGGGCGAAGAAUCGAACCUGAUCAAACGCCGGAAGAACUUGGGAUGGAGGAGGGAGACGAAAUCCUUGCGGUUGAAAUGAUGGAUCUUACUCAGGGUGGCUCGGACGAAUGGGACGAGCACGUCGAACCUCGAUUGGAGACCUUGAAGAAGAACUGGACUGAGGAUCCCGACGAAGCCGCAAAGACGCUAGAAGAUAUCUUUGACGGGGUGGUUCGAGAUCGUCUGAAAGAAAUCCUUCACCAAUACGAGCUACGGGAACGACAUUUCGAAUGCGUCAUCCGGUCCAAAGAGCUGGAGGUUCUGCUAUCGCGGGCACGAGCAGCGGAACAAAAGCAGCUGUGUGAGAGCGAGAAGCAGAGAGCGGAUCAGUUGAACGAGGAGGUCCAAAUGCUCAGGCGAGAGCUGGAUGAAUCCAAGGGAGGACAAGCGGUGCUCGUGGAGCGGCUCUUAGCCUGCUGUAAGGAGUUCGUUUCCAAGCCUAGCACCGAAAGGAUGCAACGAUUAUUCACAUCACUCAAGGAAGAGCUCGAACGCAAAGGUACGAAACCGAAGAAGAGCGCAGAUGACACUUCCGGCGGGUGAAGAUCCAAGUAAACGUCUUCCUACAUGUUUCAAGUCGUCGUACAAUGAAAACAUCUUUA